AUGUCUUGUUAUAACCUUUGUAUCCGCCUGUCCGCAGUCACAUCCACUAGUCCUGUCACAGACAUUUCUGGUGCACCUGUAAACCCUUCUCAAAUUGCUAAUGUCUCGCCUUCUAGUUUGUUCUCAGCUAGUCUUGGCCACACUGUUGCAGAGGCUCCAUGCCUCAAGAUGGAACCCUCUGAUGUCUGUGUCGUCGGCUCAGGCAAGACUAAUUUAGAAUUUGGGAAUGAUGUUAAUGCGGAUAAUCCGUUCAUUGACAAAGAAAUGUACUCAACUAUUCCUGACAGGGACACCAUCAUUAAAAAUCCUGAUGAGGAUUUGAUCAAGAGCACUGAUGAAAUAAGUGUUAAUAAUGAUGAAAAGAGAAAGAAGCUCAAGAAGCACACCAAGAAGUCUAAAAAGAUUAAUCCUAAGAGUUACUUGGGUGCAGCCUUUAAGGAAGCUAAAGAAUUUAAGAUUCAGAAUCAUGAAGGCUGUAAGACUCACAUUAGCUGGGAUUCUAGUUCUGAGGAUUUGGACUCUGAGAGUUCUGACUCAAGUUACAGUUCUGAAUCUUCAGACAACUUGAGCAUGGACCCUCUCAGUGACUCAGACACUUCCAUAUCUGAUUCCGACAGCUCAGACUCCAAUGUUGAGAGUUCUUUGGACUUUGACAUGUCUAUCUGGUUUUUUGCCCCGAAAAUGCGCAACUAUGGACUGCAACCGGUCAAGGACUGA